CCUGCUUUUUGGUCAGCCCGCCCCACCUGCGGCACCUGCGGCGACUUGGCUUGAUAUCAACUCCACCCAGAAGUUUCCCGAGCAUCCCAAAGUCCCCGGCGAAGGGAAGAUACAAGGGCCCAGUAUCAGGAAAAACACACACACGAGGCGUCGAUCUGAUCCUGGUUGAGCCUGUUGAGCCCGCAAGCAAGCUGCCGGACACGACCAAAAACAGCAAGCCACGGUGUCACAUUGCAGGCUGUAACUUUAUCUCUUGCUUGUCCUGGCCAUAAGCGCGACCUGAACCUCGGUCGCUGCCCCCCUUCCCCCACAUCCUCGUCCUCGCUCGUCUCCUCCGCCCACCCUGGAUACAUUUCACCAACCCUUACGUAUUCCGCUUCCACUUCUGUACUCGACCGUGUUCUCGAGUUUCUGCCUUGGACGCCACUCGGACACGGUUGGCAGCCAACAAAUCCUGGAGCAACUCGUCUUUGCAUCCUUCAAUCCCAUCUCGCCUCGCUCCCACGUCAUCAAUAAUCAAUCAAUUUAACGACUGCAACGACAGCCUCUACACGACCCACGCUCCCUUCAACGCCGCUGCCACACCCCUGAGCAACCCAUACGCCACCACCACCACCAUCGCUGCGACACACCGACCGACCCCGCAUUCAAACAAGCCACCCUCAAUGUCAAGUUGGCAGCGAAGGCAUUUGAGCUCACCACACGUCUACUAGGGGUCUGCCGCGCUUCCCUUGUCCCCCUCCUCACACUAUAAUCCCUCUGAUCGCGCCCACGGCUCACGCGCGCAGCCCAGCAGCUGCGCGCCAUGUCCAAUUCUCGCCCUCGGUCUGCCACACCGCGUUCCGUCGGGAGGACGGCGACGGAACGUCCAUCAACAACGUCCGACCUCCCAACCCCGGGACCAUCACGAGGGCGAUUAGACACGGGCGGUGAAUGGACACCAGUCACACUCAUCAAAUCAGGCAUGUUCGCGGGGAGAUACAUGAGCUUCUGGCUCGAUGUUGCUCAAGAGCCUGUGCAUGGACGUCGCAAGACCGAGAAGGACCGACGCCCGCUUGCGCCAAGUCCGAUCGUCCGUUUGUGGAUCCGUGAGCAUGCCCACCAGAACGCCGCAGGAGUAGCCGUGGACCCAGCGGACAUUGAAGUGUCCCAUAUCGUCUGCGCAGCAGAGCUCUUCUCCCCCCAACGACAGCCAACACCAGCUCAGUCUGAAUCCUCAAGUUUCCCAUUACCAUUACGAGAGACAGCAUCACCAAGACGACGGACACCUUCUCCAGCAAGACUGGCGCUUGACGGAUACAUCAAACGAUCCCCUGGAACAGUGUCGGCGUCACCGCAGGACGACCGCGAUGCGAUCGACUCUCGAUACCCUCCAACCCCUCCUCUAAACAACCAGCCGCCCAGAAUGGAGGAGGCAGACGCGAUCCCUGACGAUCGUCCUUCAUCAGCAACACGGCCGCCAUCGCAGGCUAGUGAAGGCAGUCGAGGCAGCAGAGGGAGCCGAGGCCGCUCCGCCAGGGUGACACAAUCUGAACCACUUGGUGACAGGCCUGGUAGCGGCUCGCGCAAAGUGGUGCCAGGACGAAACCUCUAUGGCAAUCUCCAUGUUGCUGGAGUUCGCGUCCCUGCAAUGGAAGGAGGCGUCGGCCUCUGGUUCCUCUUCACGGACCUGUCCAUUCGAAACGAGGGAAGGUAUGAUGAACACAUCACCCCGCCCGCCCUUCUCGUGCUCACCAACUCGCCUCCCAGUUACUCUCUCCGAUUUCGUUGCUUUGACAUGACAGCCAUUGGCUCUGUAUCCAACAGCGACCCCAUCCCACCACUCGUCGAGUGCCAGAGCGCAGACUUCAAGGUCUACUCGCCGCGCAAUUUUCCAGGCCUGCCAAAGCCAACAGAACUAGCGGAGCAUUUUGCCCGCCAGGGGUACAAGCUUAACACCCGAAAGAAUGAGCGACAGGCGGCUUCGCCUCCAGCAUCACCAUCAUCAGCCACGUUCCAGCCAGACGCUGCGAAACCACCCCAUCAUUAAUAACGCGGGGCGGCCGGGGCCGUCCCUGGUUACCUUUGAUCGUUUCUCGUUCACGCCACUGCUACGCCAAUACAACCGAACGCCCCACUCGCGCCUUCCGAGGUACCCCUCCUCCGUCACUCCGGCGCCGGUGGGCGCGGCACCGAGCCACUCUGCUCCUGCCGUGUUCCAACCCAGAAGCCCACCAGACGUACGUGCGCCAAGGGGAGUCUUCCCCACCAUGUCUGCAGACGCCACCCAGGAUCUCGCGCCGUUCCUACAACUCGGCCGAUUCCGACAUAGCAGUUCACCGAUCAAACGCCGCCGUGCUGGUCAACCUUGUGUUGCACUUCCAUCUUGUGCGAAAUGAGGCUCGUCGGAACGGGUCAAAUUCAGUACUAGCUCAAUACGCCAACUCGGGCGCCAACUGGUUAGGCCAGUUCACUGGAAGCCGGGUAUGUCACUGCCAAGGGCAUCGGAGCCAGUAAUCGCGCUGUGGCAACCCGGGAACGGGAGCUUGCUACGAGAGGGCAGCCAUUCGAGUAUACAGGCGAGCGGGCAUGGCGAACACAUUCGACACGGCGGUUAGGAACAGAAGCGGUGCAUCAGACAACGACAGUGUCCAAGGAACGACGCAGUCAACCAACCAGAUGUAGCAACGCGUGGCGAGGAAGGGACGGGAGGGCGAGGGCGAGCCGUGUCGAGGUCGGCCAGUGUCAUCAUAAUCAGCUCCGCUCUCGUGUUUUACUAAAUCCAAACCACUAUCAUAAUGCGGAGGUGCGCGUGACCUCCCCGCAGCACCACAUGACAUGAUUCCUACCAACUACCCCAUACUCCAUGCAUAGGAACAGAGCCAACAGAUGACAA